UUUUUUUUCCUUCCCUUUAUCUUUUUCUUCCUGUGCAAACUGACCCGCUGCUGUUAACCCCUAACCCCUACAGAUUCGCACUCCCAGACAGCGCGCGCGCAGAGAGAGAGAGAGAGAGAGAGAGAGAGGGAGAGGGAGAGAGAGAGAGAGAAUGGGAACUUCGGUUCAGGUGACACCGUUGUGCGGAGUAUACAGCGAAAACCCGCUAUCAUACCUCGUCUCCAUUGAUGGCUUCAACUUUCUUGUCGAUUGCGGAUGGAACGACCACUUCGAUCCCACUCUCCUCGAACCUCUUUCCAGGGUGGCUUCAACAGUAGAUGCUGUCUUGUUAUCACAUCCAGACACACUUCACCUUGGUGCUCUACCAUAUGCCAUGAAAAAACUUGGACUCUCUGCUCCCAUUUAUUCAACAGAACCUGUGUUCAGAUUAGGCCUCUUAACUUUGUAUGACCACUAUCUUUCUCGGAAGCAAGUUUCUGAGUUCGAUUUGUUUACACUGGAUGAUAUUGAUUCUGCUUUUCAAAAUGUGACUAGACUUACGUACUCUCAGAAUUAUCAUUUAUCUGGCAAAGGGGAAGGAAUUGUCAUUGCUCCUCAUGUUGCUGGGCAUCUUUUGGGUGGUACUGUCUGGAAGAUAACAAAAGAUGGGGAGGAUGUUAUAUAUGCUGUUGACUUUAACCAUCGCAAAGAAAGGCACUUGAAUGGAACUGUUUUAGAAUCUUUUGUUCGGCCUGCUGUGCUAAUAACAGAUGCCUAUAAUGCUUUAAAAAAUCAGCCUCCUAGACGUCAGAGGGACCAAGAAUUUUUAGAUGCCAUAUUGAAAACUCUUAAUGCGGAUGGAAAUGUAUUACUACCUGUCGAUACUGCUGGCCGAGUAUUGGAACUUAUUCUAAUAUUGGAACAGUACUGGGCACAGAAUCAUUUGUCCUAUCCCAUCUUCUUUCUCACGUAUGUUGCAUCAAGCACAGUUGAUUUUGUCAAGAGUUUCCUUGAGUGGAUGAGUGAUUCAAUAGCAAAGUCUUUUGAACACACCCGUGACAAUGCUUUUCUUUUGAAGCAUGUCACACUUUUAAUCAAUAAGGGUGAACUUGAGAAAGUUCCAGAUGGCCCAAAGAUUGUUCUGGCUUCCAUGGCGAGCUUAGAAGUGGGUUUCUCUCAUGAUAUAUUUGUUGAAUGGGCAACUGAUGUCAAGAAUCUUGUGCUUUUUACAGAAAGAGGCCAGUUUGCUACAUUAGCUCGAAUGCUUCAAGCAGAUCCACCUCCCAAAGCUGUUAAAGUCAUGAUGUCCAAGAGGGUUCCUUUGGUUGGGGAGGAGUUGGCCGCGUAUGAAGAAGAGCAAAACCGAAUAAAAAUGGAGGAAGCUCUAAAAGCUAGUCUUAGCAAAGAAGAAGAAUUGAAAGCAUCUCAUGGGUCUGAUAAUCAUUUGAGCGAUCCAAUGGUCAUUGAUGGUGGCAAUAUUCAUGCUUCAUCAGAUGUUGGUGGUCUCCAUUCUAGUGGGUAUCGAGACAUUUUCAUUGAUGGAUUUGCUCCGCCUUCAACUAGUGUUGCCCCAAUGUUUCCUUUUUAUGAGAACUCCUCUGAAUGGGAUGAUUUCGGUGAAGUAAUCAAUCCAGAUGAUUACAUACUCAAGGAAGAAGACGCGGACCAAGCAUCCAUGCUUGUUGGUGGGGAUCUCAAUGGAAAACUUGAUGAAGGCUCUGCUAGCUUGAUACUCAAUGCGGCACCAUCAAAAGUUGUAUCCACUGAAUUAACUGUACAAGUGAAGUGCUCGCUGGUUUACAUGGAUUUUGAAGGCCGUUCUGAUGGCCGCUCAAUCAAGUCAAUUCUUGCCCAUGUGGCACCCUUAAAGCUUGUUUUGGUACAUGGAUCAGCCGAGGCCACUGAGCAUUUGAAGCAACACUGCUUGAAACAUGUUUGCCCUCAUGUUUAUGCUCCACAAAUAAAAGAAACAAUCGACGUCACCUCUGAUAUGUGUGCCUACAAGGUGCAACUCUCAGAGAAGCUGAUGAGUAAUGUGCUCUUUAGGAAGCUUGGAGAUCAUGAAAUAGCUUGGGUUGAUGCUGAAGUUGGGAAGACGGAGAGUGGUAUGCUUAGUUUGCUUCCUAUGUCAACCCCUGCUCCACCACAUAAAACAGUAUUUGUUGGUGAUAUAAAGAUGGCAGAUUUUAAGCAGUUUCUAGCAAGCAAAGGUGUCCAGGUAGAAUUUGCUGGUGGAGCCUUGCGAUGUGGGGAGUAUGUGACGCUGCGUAAGGUUGGUGAUGCAAGCCAGAAGGGUGGUGGUGCUGGCAUUCAGCAAAUUGUUAUUGAAGGACCUUUAUCGGAGGAGUAUUAUAAGAUUCGGGAGUAUUUGUAUUCGCAGUUUUAUUUGCUUUGAUCGUAGCUGCUUGAUUGUGUCAUUUCCGAUUAUGAUCAAUUUUGCCCCUUUCUUUUCCAAGUUCUUGGCAAAAUUUAAAUCUCAUCCUGAAUGACCGAGAGGUAAAUCCUUGUGUACAUCGUAAAAUAUAAAAAUUAAAUUACAUUAUAUUACGUUAUGUUGUCAUUACAUGACAUAAUGUUAUUUAUUUUGUAUGUUGACAUGAUAAUGGCAAGCUUAUUUGAGUUGAA